AUGCGGCUUACACGCUCUUUUUUGACGAGCACUUUAGUGCUGGCAAGUGUUUCGGCCACUACUUUGGACGUUAAUGCAGAUCUCAAUGAAAAACGGUCUCCUGAUGGGGUCAUCACCUUGACCAAGACCAAUUAUCAUACCGUGUGCCCCUGCACAACCGCUCUUUUGUCCUCUCCCACCACCCCCAGUCACUUGGAAUCCAACCAUGGACAGUAUAGCGGGUCUCCCAACACCUUUGAUGAUGACUCAGGCUCAAGCUCAGGCUUCGAGUCGGGCUCUGGCUCAGGACAGGAGUAUACUACUUCGACUGUCUACACUGCCAAAAUCCACACUGUCACUGCCUGUCCGUCUUCCGCAAAAGAUUGCCCAGUCUCGGAGAAGACCACUUACGUGACCACUGAAACUAUCAUUGACUAUACCACUAUCUGUCCUAUCGCUGAAUCUGCUACCAAAACCGGUACUAAAACAGGUGGAAUUUGGCCGACAGAGACAGUGACUAGUGUUGGAAGUAAUGAGCACACCACCUCUACCGUUUAUACCACCAGCGUGCGCACUGUGACCGCCUGCCCUUCCUCCGUUAAGAACUGCCCAGCGUCGGAGAGGAGCACAUACGUGACUACGGAUACUAUCAUUGACUACACAACUGUCUGUCCAGUCACUGCUACUCCCACUAGUUCCGGCUCUAGUGCUACCUCGGCUGGCUCGGGCUCGGGCUCUGGCUAUAGAAAUGGUCAUGGUCAAGGUCAUGGUCAAGGUCAUGGUCAAGGUCAUAGUCACAGCUCUGGUUCAAGUACCUUGAGCGCCAUCACCUUCUCCAACACGCCACAGCCUUCGUCAACUCCGCUACAGACGCCCUCUGGCUCUAGCUCCGACUCUGGCUAUGGAAAUGGUCAUGGUCAUGGUCACGGUCAUGGUCAAGGUCAUAGUCACAGCUCUGGUUCAAGUGCCUCGAGCGCCAUCACCUUCUCCAACUCGCCACAGCCUUCAUCAACUCCGCUGCAGACGCCCUCUGGCUCUGGCUCCGACUCUGGAUAUAGAAAUGGUCAUGGUCAUGGUAAUGGUCAUGGUAAUGGUCACGGUCAUGGUCAAGGUCAUGGUCACGGCUCUGGUUCAAGUGCCUCGAGCGCCGUCGCCUUCUCCAACUCGCCACAGCCUUCAUCAACUCCGCUACAGAGGCCCACUUCUGGUGCACUCAACUCGUCCUCUCGUUCUAUUCAACAUACAAGCUCAACCUCUUUCAAUCCCAGCGCAUCUACCUCCCCCUCUGCAACUAUUGAGCCGCUAGCCUUGUAUGUUCAGCCGGUGCAAGCAAAGAAGAGACGUCAGACCUACAAUACCGCCGUUCUUAUUGGUGCUGGCUCCAUCACAGCCAGCUGUGCCGAGGCAGACCGUUUCUACCUCACUGGGGGCCAACUUUACGAUUACAACUGGCCAAUUGCUGCCGACAACCACGCAUACAGCGCCUCUUUUGAGGGAACCAGUAACCCCGGACCCAUUCGGGGUACCUUCGCAGUUACCGGCGGUAUUCUUUCCUGGUCAAACUCGGACUUUACCAAUGGCGUGGCCUCAUUCUGUGUCGCCGGUGAUACUGUCCUGGCUAUCUUCACCGGUGAUACGCCUUCCGGCUGUACACCAGUCACAAUUGCUGCCGUCAAGUACUCCCAGAUGUGCCCCGGCGGCGAUGCGAUAACCAGCCUUCAGCCCAUCAGCUCGGCCAGAUCCUCUACAGGGACCCCAAUCAGCUCGACCAAAUCUUCUUCAACACCUCUGAUCCACUCGGCCACGCCAUCCUCGACGGGCCUCCCCAGCUGCUCGGCCAAUUCGGAUCCGGAGCUGAGGACGACGGUCCUGCCAGCUCUUGACCCCACUGUCGAUGGUUCAUCCCUCCUCAACCUGUCCCCCUCGAUGUAUGCUACUCUCUACUAUGCCAGCCGCACCGGCUCGACCAUUCUCCAGGUGACCUACAACAUGCUCUAUCCCCAAGUGACAUUGGAAAAUGCAUACAAGAUUGCCAGGGUGAACUGCUCUGGUGACACAUUGACUGUCACGGUAGCCACCAACGCGGCUUUCAACAUUAUCAGCCAGUGGCCCACGAACAAUUUUAUUCUCAUCACCAACUCUGGCAGCUGCAACUCGGGCUCUCAGAGAGGUGUCUAUAUGGUCCAAUCAUACAGUACGAACAAGGCCAGCCUCACAGUCACUCUUGAUGUCACCGCUAAGGUCUGGGCCGACGUCUCAGAGACAAUGGAGAUUGCAUAUGGCAUGGGACGCGUGAACUCCACCAAUAUCUCCUACACUCCUUCGUGCACGGCAUCUUAUCCCGCGGCCAGCAGCACCCGCACUCCGAGCUCUGGCUCGGUUUCCUACGAAGACUUGACUCCCGAGGAGAAGAACAUUGUCAAAUAUCUGACCCAGAAUAAUACAUACGACGACAACGGUAACAUCGCCGUCUUCUUGCCCGCUGUCACCGCAAAUAGCACAGCCCCUAUCUAUAACCCUGACUCCAACUCCACACACCAAGCAGGACUGGAAGAUGCUUUGCAGAACGCUGGUCUCCCGUCACCGGAUUCAAUGUGGAAUAAAACCGCGAGCGAUCUCGCGGGUCACUGCUCCAACGGUGUCUACGUUCCCCGGACGACCGUCUACACGAAGCGUUCUUCUCAAUUCCCAGGCCGGUCUUACCCCACUGAAACAUAUCACCGUCACCGCCGCUCCAUCCUGGCCGAACGCUCUGGGCUUAAUGACGAGAGCUGGUGGAAGUAUCUCUGGGAAGGUGCCUGUAGUGACCUUGCGGGCGACAUUCUUGACGCACUUGAUGAGGAGCUGGGUGCUCUUGCCGAGCUCAUCUGCGACUUGAAGGAGCUAUACGAUGAUGUUGAUGAGGCCUACGCCAACCGUGACGCGAUUCAGUGCGCCUGGACCGGUUGCUACCUCGAUGUAGUCGUCGCAACCUAUUGGAACUUUACCUACACCGCGAGCGUCGACUACCAGCUCCCAUCACAGACGCUGGUAGAAUCCUCAGUGGGUAAACUCAGCUGCGUGGAUUGUGGUCUGAGCAUUUCCAAUCUUGAAUUUGUGGGUAGUGUCAUGAUUGCCACCUCCACAGGCAAGGUCAUGAGCGCCUUUAUGACGCCUACUAUGAGCUGGACCGGAAACCUCAUCAUGGGUCUCGAAACCACGGACGCCUGGUCCGGAGAAUGGACGUAUAACUUUGACACCAUCGAAUUUAACCAGCCUGUCUCAGUCCCUGGAGAGUUCACUAUCACACCAUCUUUGCUGUACAGCCUGGGAGUCCAGUGGUCCACUACCGCCGCCGUCGACAUCACCGCCGGUGCCGCUAUCAGCGUGGAUAGUGGCACCCUCUACCUGGACUUCGCCAAUAACGUCGCAUCCCAGAGCGCUAAUUGGUCGCCCACCGUGGAGUACACUUAUCCAGUAUUCUCUACCUCCGCGGACGUCUCAUUUAUUCCAAUCAUGAGAACAUCGCUCGCCAUCGCGGUUGUGAUCGAGAACGCAAACUACGGUCAGCAGCCCAUCUACAUCAACUCUGACACGUCGAUUGGCUUCAACGCUGCCUUCGUUGAGAACGAUGGAGAAUAUUGCAACCCUGGUGAGCUCGAGUUAACCUCCUACUCCAACGUUAACAACGAGGUCCUCUUCACCGGUGGCUCCACCACCGUUCUCUCUCAGUCUGGUGACAAGGCUGGCCAGACUAUGUGUUUCAACGUUCCCAACGAUAUCCCAACAGCGGAUGAGGUCAGUUCCCUUCGCAGCGUCGGUGCUGCCUUCUGUACCUCAUAUUUAGGCUACGUGGCUCCCACCUCCGUCGCAUACGCUGUCACUACACGUACCGGGCCCACGACCACACAGAUCACCAAGCCAACAACCAUCUCGACCACAUCCACCAUCUACGAGUAUCCUACUGUGACCACCGUCUUCACGCAGACGACUACAGUCGACGCCACAUCCUACCUAACCGUCUCUGGCUCUCAAUCCCUGGGCGACUCGUACAUGAAGAAACGAGCCCUUGAAGCCAGCUCACCCGUCAAGAAGCGGUCCACCACCAAGAAGAAGGACCCUGCCCCCCAGCCCACCAAGCCCGCCGAAUUGGCUAAACGCACCGUCGCCGAACCCGCCAUGAUCUCCACCUGGGACACCAGCAAGAUCUCCCUUGCCUGUUCCCAGAUCGCCACCGGUACCGCCACAACCACCUUCUAUACCUCCACCGCAACUGCCUACUCUGGCAGUGUCGUCAACACCGUCUACAGCACCGUUGACGCUCUUGGUGCCCUCAAAACCGAGACCUUCUCGCGUGUCGUUGUUUCUCAAACCGCCACCACCGUUACCGGUACCCAAACGGCUACCGCCACCACUGCGACCAGCUGCCCCCUCCAAACCCAAGUGUCCUGUUUCACAGUCACUGCCACCGGACCCGACCAUAUCAACGGUAAACAGCUCUACUUGUCUAGCAACAGCUCCUCCCCCGUCUGGGGCGGUUGGGGGGCCGGCUACGAGGUGGGUAUUUUCUACCUAACAUGCGCGGGUGAUCUCGUCGCGCUCCCCUCCAUGAAUGUCCUCGCUCCCGCACAGAACAUGUGGGUUGAGUUCAACAGCUUUGCUUCCGCAACCUCCAAGCAAAGCUGUUCGAAGGAUUCUUCAUCAGGUAUUCUGAGCUGUGGGGGUGGGUGGUAUGCUAUUUCACCAGUGGCGCUGCGCUACACUGAUUUCCGCGCAUUCAGUGGAGAUUGGCAACCUAUUUGGAAUGAUGGGGUGAAUGAGGAUUCAUUGACGCCAAUUGUGUUGACUUAUGAUACUGUGGAUUGUCCUUGUCAGUAUUAA